AUGCUACUAUGUAGACGACUAUCAGCAGUUAGUCGCUUACGCUACAGUUCUCUGCCUCACUCUCAGGCUGGAAAUGUAGCCAAUAGUAAAUCUCACGAAGGCGAUGUCGAUCCCAUUGCUGCGUACACGAUGUUUGGGAACAUUCGGAAACCAAAACGAAGCCCUUUCCACUAUACAGACAGAAAAAGCGGCACGGGCUACUCAGAUUUUUCUACGACAAUUUAUCAUAAUCGUCCAUAUAUUUGGCCACCUCUUCGUAAAUUGUUCAACGUAAAUUUUGCGAUCAUAGCAUGCGGACUGAUCCUAAUAUCGCUAGAUUUUGAAUGGGUCAUGAAGCAGAUCAAAAUAAUCGGAACUAGAAUAAAACCAGAAGCAUCGCAGAUCAAUAGUGAGACAUCUGAUGAGAACGAUGACUCAGGAGACUUGAGCAGGAACAGUGAAGAGUCAAAAAAGGUGGAAAAACCAAAACGAAAGAAAAUAGGAUUUCGCGAGCGAAGAAUCAUUGAGUACGAAGAUCGCAUUCGACUCUACUCCACUCCAGACAAGAUUUUCAGAUAUUUCGCCACACUUAAGUUAUCUAUCACUGUCAUUGAUAAAAACGACGAAUCAGGGCGAACAUUUGAGGUGUUCAUGACGCCAGAAGACUUUUUGAGAUCAUUCACACCUGGAGUAAUGCAGCCGAGGAAAUAUGGCUUGGACAGCUACAAAAUCUAUCAACCAGAUAAACACAGGCACAAAUUUUCGGAUACAAAAAGCAUUUUCUACAAAUUGGGUGAAAAUGGGCUGAUCAGCUUCAGUGACUACCUAUUUCUGAUGACUCUGUUGUCAACUUCGCCAAACGACUUCGCCCUUGCCUUUAAAAUUUUCGACAUAAAUGGAGAUGGAGCCCUUGAUAAGGAGGAGUUUCACAAGGUCCAGCACCUCAUCAUGUCACAAACUACCGUAGGACAACGCCAUCGCGAUCACAUCACACCAAAUUCAUCAUUCCGCGUCGAAUCAAACUCUGCCCUUGAGCAUUACUUUUUUGGUAGAGACGGUACAAAGACCCUAUCAGCUGACAAGUUCCUCGAAUUCCAGAAGUGCCUAUACAACGACAUUUUGCGUAUGGAAUUUGAGAGAAGAGAUGCGUUAGACGGUGUCGAUGGUCUCAUUUCUGAGGAAAGCUUUGCACAAUUACUACUGAUGCAUGCGCAAAUAGCUGAUAAAAGACAAAAAGUGAUGCUCAAACGUGUAAAGAGAAAGUUCAAAGAGAGUCACACAGGAAUUUCAUUCGAAGAGACACGCGCGUUCUUCCAAUUUCUUUACCACAUAGAAGAUGUCGACAUGGCAUUACACUUCCAUCGCAUGGCAGGUCUUGCUAUAGACGCAGAGUUACUAAAAAGGGUAGCUCGGAAAGUGACACACGUAGAGCUCACUGAUCACGUGGUAGACGUCGUAAUCACCCUAUUUGACGACAACAUGGAUGGAAAGCUUUCGAACAAUGAAAUGGUGGCAGUGAUGCGGCGAAGAAUGCGUCGUGGAUUGGAACGACCACGCGAUACGGGCCUUUUCCGAUUGCUUGAUGCGUUGACAGUUUGUGGUAAACGUGCAUACCAUGCUAGUCCUCUACCAUUUUACUAG